GCGAGAGGAACGCUCAUUCCAGCCAUGCAGGAGAAACAAGGCACACCUAUGGGCACGCUGCGGCCGCAGACGCGAUGCCUGCGAUGCGGCGAAGUGCUGCAGUGGUCCGAGGAGCUCAGCGUGCCGCUGGGCUGCUCCUGCUCCUCCACAGUGGACGAGACGCUGCAGAAAGCCGCCAGAGGCCUCACCGGCAGAAUGAAGAAGGCGAAGAGCAACUGGGCCGCCGGGAGGGUGGGCGACAUCGACUUCGUCGGGUUCACGAAGACCAGAGGAAAGUUCGUGAGGGUGAGCAGCGACACCGACCCGGUGCUGAUCUACCAGAUGUUGACGGAGGAGUGGGGCCUCGCCCCGCCGCACCUGGUGGUGGCGCUGGUGGGCGGGGAUGAGCCGACUCAGAUAAAGCCCUGGCUCAGAGACACUCUGAGGAAGGGACUGGUGAAGGCUACGCAGAGCACAGGGGCGUGGAUUCUGACUAACGGCCUCCGCUACGGCAUCACCAAGCACCUGGGCCAGGCGGUGAGGGAUCACUCGUUGGCCAGCACCUCCUCCAAAGUCCGCGUCGUGGCCAUUGGCAUCGCGCCCUGGAACAUGAUCCACAACCGAGAGGCGCUCAUCAGCAAGGCGGGCGAGCCGGCAGUGUACACGCCGCAGGAUUUGCCCCACGGCUCGGUCUACUCCCUGGACAGCCACCACUCCCACUUUGUGCUGGUGGACGAGGAUCCCGAAAGACCGGGAGCCACCAAUGAGAUGAGGGUCAAGCUGCUGAAACACGUCUCUCUCCAGCGCACCGGUUAUGGAGGUGUCGGCAGUUUCGAGAUCCCUGUUCUGUGUCUCCUGGUCCACGGGGAGCCUCGGAUCCUGGAGAGGAUGCACAAAGGCAUCGGCAACUCCACGCCGUGGCUGAUCCUGGCAGGCUCGGGAGGCGUGGCCGACAUGCUCGUCACGCUGAUGAACAAAGGCUGCUGGGACGCGGAAGCUGUUCACGAGCUGCUGCUGGACACCUUUCCCAAUGAACACCACGGCACCGACGUCAGUAACUGGGUUAAACUGAUCAAGAAGAUACUCGAUCACGUGCAUCUCCUCACCGUCCACGACCCUGAACAGGAAAGCACCGAGCUGGACACGGUCAUCCUCAAAGCUCUGGUCAAGGCCUGUAAGAGCCAAAGCCAGGAAGCCCAAGACUUCCUGGACGAGCUGAAGCUGGCGGUGGCCUGGAACCGGGUGGACAUCGCCAAGAGCGACAUCUUCAAUGGAGACGUGGACUGGAAGGCAUGCGACCUUGAAGAGGUCAUGAUGGACGCGCUCAUCAACGACAAACCCGACUUUGUGCGCCUCUUUGUGGACAACGGCGUGAACCUGGCCGAGUUCCUGACCUACGGCCGCCUGCAGGAGCUCUACUGGUCCGUGUCGGAGAAGAGCCUCCUCCACAGCCUGCUCCUCAAAAAGUACGAGGAGAAGCAGCUCCUGCUCCGAGCCGGGAGGAAGCCCGGUCCACCCGGGCACCACCCGCCCGAGACAGGGGAACGAAAACCCCGCUUCACCCUCUUCGAGGUCGCCAAAGUGCUGAAAGACUUCCUCCACGACUCCUGCAAAGGCUUUUACCAGAAGAUCCCCACAGAGAAGCCGGCGAAGGGCCGACUGUUCCACACCCAGAAGAACCUGGUGGAGUUCGAGGAUCGCUGCGAGCAUCCUUGGAGGGACCUCUUCCUCUGGGCCGUCCUUCAGAACCGGCAGCAGAUGGCCAACUACUUCUGGGCCAUGGGCCCCGAGGCGGUUGCCGCGGCGCUGGCGGGCUGUAAGAUCCUGAAGGAGAUGGCGCGGCUGGAGUCCGAGGCCGAGUCGGCGCGCAGCAUGAAGGAGGCCAAGUACGAGCAGUUCGCCCUCGAUGUCUUCGGGGAGUGCUACUCCAACAGCGAGGACCGGGCGCACGCCUUGUUGGUGAGGCGGACGCACUGCUGGAGCAAAUCCACGGUGCUGAACUUGGCCACCGAGGCCGACGCCAAGGCCUUCUUCGCCCACGAUGGAGUUCAGGCCCUGCUCACGAAGAUCUGGUGGGGAACCAUGAGGACGGACACGUCCAUCUCCAAGCUGGUGGUGGCUUUCUUCUGUCCGCCGCUCAUCUGGACCAACCUCAUCAAGUUCAGCGAUGAGGAACUCGAUAACCGUACCAGCCGCGAUCAGUUUGUGGAGCUGGACAGUCUGGACACGGAGAAGGCCUUACUGCUGACCGACGACGACGACCCGCUGGACUCGUCCCCCGGGGGCCCCGAGGCCCAGAGCUGUGCGUCGGUGUGGUGGCGCUUCCUGCUGCGCCGCUGGCGCCGCUUCUGGUGCGCGGCGGUGACGGUGUUCCUGGGCAACGUGCUCAUGUACUUCGCCUUCCUCUUCCUCUUCACCUACGUGCUGCUGCUGGACUUCCGGCCGCCGCCGCCGCUCGGCCCCGGGCUCUAUGAGAUCAUGCUCUACUUCUGGGUCUUCACGCUGGUGCUGGAGGAGCUCCGACAGAGCUUCUUCACGGACGAGGAGAUGAGCAUCUUGAAGAAGUUCAAACUCUACGUGGAGGACAACUGGAACAAGUGCGACAUGGUCGCCAUCUCGCUCUUCGUCAUCGGCAUUUCGUGCAGGAUGGUGGACUACACGUACGAGGCGGGGCGGACGGUGCUGGCCAUCGACUUCAUGGUGUUCACGCUGCGCCUCAUCCACAUCUUCGCCAUUCACAAGCAGCUGGGACCCAAAAUCAUCAUCGUGGAACGAAUGAUGAAGGACGUGUUCUUCUUCCUCUUCUUCCUGGGCGUGUGGAUGAUCGCGUACGGCGUGGCCACGCAGGCCCUCCUCCACCCCAACGACCCGCGCAUCGACUGGGUGUUCCGCCGGGCGCUGUACCGCCCCUACCUGCACAUCUUCGGCCAGAUCCCCCUGGAGGAAAUAGAUGCCGCUCGCAUGCCCCACAUAAACUGCACCAACGACUCGGACGAGAUCAUCUUGGGCCUCCGCCCGCCGUGUCCCAACGUCUACGCCAACUGGCUGGUCAUCCUGCUGCUGGUCAUCUUCCUCCUCGUCACCAACGUGCUGCUGCUGAACCUCCUCAUCGCCAUGUUCAGCUACACCUUCCAGGUGGUGCAGGGCAACGCCGACAUCUUCUGGAAGUUCCAGAGGUACAACCUGAUCGUGGAGUACCACAGCCGCCCGGCGCUGGCCCCGCCCUUCAUCAUCAUCAGCCACCUCUCCCAGCUGCUGCUCAGCAUGGUCAAGCAGCCGGAGCCCAAGCAGGAGGUUCUGGAGAGGGAGCUGCCGGAGGGACUGGACCAGAGGAUGAUCACCUGGGAGACGGUGCAGAAGGAGAACUACCUGGCCAAGCUGGAGCGCCAGCACUGGGAGAGCAGCGAGGAGCGACUCAAGAGCACCUCCUCCAACAUUGAAUAUGUUUUAAGGGUUCAGAGCCUCUUGAGGGUCGUCGGUGGGUUCAAGGACCAAGAGAAGCGUCUGACGUCCGUGGAGGUUCAGGUCCGGUACUGCAGCGAGGUGUUGUCCUGGAUGGCCGAGUGCUUCGCCCGGAGCACUCUGAAGUGCGGGAAAGACGCUCCGAGAGCUCCGGUGUCUCUGAGCAGCGCCACGUCCCAAGGUCAACCCGAGAGGGAAGCCAAGCCGGAAGAGGACGAGGCCCGACCGGGUCACUCGGGAUGCGGAGCCAACAAGAGAUUCACGCACGUCGACGAAUAAGAUUUGUGACACGGGA